GUGAGUAUCUUGAAUUUAUUAUGUUGAUGAAGGAGAGUGGAACAAAGGUUUCAGAUGUUCACAGGAUGCUUCAAAAACAGGCUGGUGGUGUUAGUGCUCUUGGAUUCACGAAACGUGAUGCUUAUAACGUUCUAGAAUCUGAAAGAAGUAAAACGUUUGAUGGUACUGAUUCGAACACUUUGAUUGGUAUAUUUAAGAAAAGGGCUGAAGUGGAAUGUGAUUUUUUCUUUGAUUUUGAGUUGGUUGAUGGUAUACUGACUUGUUUUUUCUGGAGAGAUGGUCAAAUGAGAUCUGAUUAUGAGAGGUUUGGAGUUCUUGUUGUGCAUGAUACAACUUACAGGACUAACAAGUAUGAUAUGAUCUGUGGUUCAUUUAUUGGUAUGAAUCACCACUGUAAAAAUAUAAUGUUUGGUUGUGGCUUUAUUCUAAAUGAAAGUGUGGAGUCUUUUGUUUGGUUAUUUCAGACUUUUCUGAAAUCUAUGGGUGGUAAACACCCCAUCAGUUUCAUGACAGACCAGUCAUUUUCCAUGGCAACGGCUAUCAAAUCUGUAUUUCCUGGGGCGAGACAUAGACUCUGCACUUGGCAUAUAGAUGAGAAUUCAAAGAAACACAUCAUGCAUCUACGCAAGAAGAUAAAUUUUGUUUCUCCUUUUGAUUAUGUUGUCAAACGAUGUGAUAUUGUUGCAGAGUUUGAUUUCUAUUGGAAUGAAUUGAAUACAGUUUAUGAAUGCAGUGACAACACAUGGUUGAAGAGGCUGUACAGUCAUAAAGAAAAGUGAUGUCCUGCUUUUUCGAAGGAUUACUUCUCUGGUGGUGUUUUAUCCUCUCAAAGAAGUGAAUCUACAAAUAGAUCUAUAUCUAGAAGACUUACCG